GACCCGUUUUUGCGUCGCUGCGUCACUUCCGCUUAGUGUAGAAUUUUCAUAACAUCGGAGCGGAGCAGUUCGGGCUAACGCUGCGGCUUUUGUGAACAAAUCCUCUCCGAACCCACUCAGAAUCGCAAUGUCAGACACGGAGGAGACUAAACCGUCCAGCCAAGACGGAGGGGACAAGAAGGACGGAGAGUACAUUAAAUUAAAAGUGAUUGGUCAGGACAGCAGCGAAAUCCACUUUAAGGUGAAAAUGACCACACAUCUAAAGAAGUUGAAGGAGUCGUAUAGCCAGAGACAGGGCGUCGCAGCGAGCGCGUUAAGAUUUUUGUUUGAAGGGCAAAGAAUCGCAGAUAACCAGACUCCAAAAGAGUUGGGGAUGGAGGACGAAGACGUGAUUGAGGUUUAUCAGGAACAGACUGGCGGACUCUGGAACAAUUAAUUCCCCCCCUCACCUUUUCCCCACCUCUUUUUUUGUUUUUUUUUGUUUUGUUUUUUUCUUAAUUUUGUAUUUUAUUUUGUAUGUAUUACGAUGUUUUAUUUUGUUUAUUUUCAAACCAUCUGCAUCCACGCGCCGCCGGUCAGGGCUCUGGAGAAAGAAAGAGAAAGAGAAACGUCAAAGGGAUGAGUCAAGCAAUACAUUUUUCCUCCACGCAUUUUUCUUAAGACACUUCCUCACCUUCUGGACUGUAGACUGCUGUCCCGGGUUGCUUUCUCAGACGUGUCGCUGGAAGAAAAACGACAAUAAUAAUCACGUGUUGUUUUAUUGUGUUGUUUAAUUGAUAGAAUGUUUUAGUUUUUAGAAAAUCGCUCAUGACGUUUUGAAGGAGAAGUACGAAUUUCCGCGUUUUUAAUAUUUGAAUUUGCCCAAAUCGUCGGGACUUUAAAGGCGCUGUGUCUGUUUUUUUACUGUUUCAAAAUGUGAAAAACGGAGCUAGAACGUUUUAAACCGUCGGCGCAGUGGUCCAAUUUUAUUCCUCGUUGUAAUUUGUCGCCAAAAGGAGUUUAUAAAAGCGUUUUCACGGCAAGAACGGAGUCGAAAAAAUCAGGUACAGUGCCUUUAAUUUGCGAUUUUCGUGAAAUUAUCCAACUUCUCCUUUAAAAUGAUUUUGAUAGUUCUUGUUACAAAACUAAAGCCCAGAUUUCUGUCGCCGUACCUCUGUCUUUCUUAAAAAAACGGGUAAACUGGCUGCUAGUGCUACUGUUUGGGCUUUGCUUUUCAACAUUACCUAUUAAAAUAACAUUAUGGAAUAAAAUCAAAUCUGUUUGUAAUAUUCAUUCUGUAGGUCGCUGCUAGUUUUUACAGUUUUGUCACUUUGUUUUUGUUUGUUUUUUAAAUCGGGGAUGUUAUAAUCUUCAUAUUUCAGGAUGUAUUUACUUCAUUUCUGUUUUGGCUGCAAAGUCGGCGUAUUGUUUUGAAAAAUUGUGAUGAAAUUUACACGGAAAAAACCAAAACCUUUUUAUGUUGGGUUUUCUCGCGUUAUCGGCUGGUUUUCCGGGAGACUUUGUACAUUGUAAAGUGCCAUCUCGCUCCAUUUCAACACUGCAUUGAUCGAACUGUACAAAUCUGUGUAUUUAUAAUGUCUAUUCAACUCUGGUCGCUUUUUAACUGUAUUACCUGUAUAUGUGUGAUAGUAUUAGACAGAAUUUCUCAUGUAACUUUGUAUGUCGUCAUUUAUUUAAAGCUAGACGUUUAUUUUGGAGAAAAAAAUUGCCUCAAAAACCACAGUUAACCCGCAGAUCUGUCUUGGACCAAGCAAAACUUUUUAUUAAUCUGCAAUUUCAGACACAUUUCGAGGCGUGUGGAUGAAUUUCAAAGCAAUAAUUGGCCAAAAAUCCAUAAUUACUCAAGUAAACGCAUUUAUUUUAUAGUAGAAAGUUGUUUCAGACCCCUACAGUAAUUUGAGUUUUUGUCCAGAUUUUUCAAAAUGUUCUAAAAAUACUCCAGCGUUUCUUAAUCUUUCUACAACAGUGUAAUGAGGAACUUUUCCAGCUCCAUUGAAAUAGUAAAAAAGUAAAAGAGUAACUUUGAUUUUAUUGCAGAUUAAAUGAGCUUGUCUUGACUCUGA